UGUGGGCAUUUCUACUUGUGCUGUUCGAGAGACUGGUUGUGUGUGUUAUAAGACUAUCAAAUCUGUUUAAUAAAUUUAGACAUUUAUAAUACAAAAUGUCACGUUAUCGUGAAUGGGAUCUUUCGUGUAAAGUAUACGUUGGUAAUCUAGGAAACAGUGCGAGUAAACAUGAAAUCGAAAGCGCAUUCAGUAAAUAUGGUCCCCUUAGAAAUGUAUGGGUUGCCAGAAAUCCACCUGGAUUUGCAUUUGUGGAAUUUGAAGAUCCACGUGAUGCAGAAGACGCAGUCAGAGGAUUAGAUGGAACACGCUGUUGUGGAACCAGGGUUAGGGUAGAGAUGUCCUCUGGAAGAAGUAGACGUGGUGGUGGUGGACGUAGACCAGGUCCAAGAUAUUCCAGGUCCAGAUCUCGCAGUCCACGUAGGAGAUCACUGGGUCGAUAUCCAAGGUCCUGGUCAAGAAGUCCACGCAGAUCACCAAUAAGCCGAUAUUCCAGGUCGAGGUCCCGCAGCCCGCGCAGGAGAUCUCUGACCCGUAGCCGCAGCCGAGACCGCCGUUCUCGUUCGGAUUCCCGUGACAGACGGUACUAAUAUUACCACAAAUUAAAAAACAAAUGAAAAAUUUAGCUGAAGGAGGAGCAGGAAUUAAAUCUUGCUCUUCUAACUUAAAAAUAAUCAUCUCCGCAUAUACUUUUGUACUGUCCAACGUGGAAUGAAAUAUCUUAGAUAAUACUAUCUAUGAUCGUUGAAGAGUGGUGGAAAAAACAAACAAAAAUUAUUAACCUAUAGAAUUCCAUUGUACGUUAUAACUAAAUGAAAUCUCAGUAUUUUAACUUUUAGUACCGCUGAAAAAUUGGUCUGUGAUAUUAUCACGUUGGGCGCGGCGUCAGUCUGUGUGGACUAACAGUGAACUUUUCGUUUGGGUGACAUGAUCAAUAUUAUAAAUGUUACAAUGUAUUUACAAAGAGUUCAAGAGCUAACUUACCAUACCAUUAUGCUGUCUUUCUCAAUGGGCAUUUAUUGCAUCACUCUCAUAGCCCGAACGGACAGAUCGUCGCUGUUUGUCACACUCAACGUGUUAAGCAAUUUUAAAUAGUCAUAUUACCUAUUAUCUAUUAUACAUCUGAGGCGGCUCUUCUAAAUGAAGAGUGUUUGAAGGAAGAGAACGGAAGGAGAAGAAAAAAGAUGAUUUUGUACUGGGUCUGCUAGUGGACUCUUCAGUAAGGCUACUCAGCAAGCCCAUGCCUCAGUUGUUGGUGCAUCAGUGGCAGGUCUGGUUAGGGCGAACUGAGUACUUUCUAGAAACCUCAAAUACAUUUUCAUUCUAAAGUCUUAAAUUCGUAGGAGUACAAAGUAAUUAAUGCAACAUGAAAUGACUGUUUCCUAUUGUUCCAUGAAUUUCUUCACACCAGAAACUACUGUGCCCCAAGUCAGUACAUCUUAGCAUUAGUUAAAUACUCACUUUUAUAUUUAUCAUUAUAAUUGUUCUCAAUUGUCACCGAAUUUGUUUGUUUUACUCGUACACUUUAAAACAAUAAGCACAUCUUGUAAGAGAUCAAUUACACUCGAUAGCUCGCGUCACAAAAUGUUUUUAUGUAUGUAAAAUGCGCUUGUACAUAAUAUAACGUGUACGCGUGUGUCCCGUGCAUGCGUGAUUGUUGACACGCACUUAGGUGUGUAAGUGGUAAAUUUUUACAUUUGUUUUACACGUGUAUAAAGUUAACGACUUAAAUACUAAAUAUUGUGUACGUAUUUGUUUCGUAUCUCUUACAAUUGUCGUUUAUUUUUAUUAUUAUCACUGUACUUCGAUGUACUUUCUUAUGUACACGUGACAACGAUUAUACU